UGCUCAGUUGUUCCCAGAGAGCUCGAGUUAUGUAUGAUUUUGCUGCUGAACCUGGAAAUAAUGAACUGACAGUUAGUGAAGGAGAAAUCAUCACAAUUACAAAUCCAGAUGUUGGUGGAGGAUGGCUGGAGGGCAGAAACAGCAAAGGAGGACGAGGACUUGUUCCCACCGACUAUGUGGAAAUCUUACCCAAUGAUGGAAAAGAUCAGUUUUCUUGUGGAAAUUCAGUGGCUGACCAAGCUUUCCUGGAUUCCCUCUCAGCAAGUACAGCUCAAGCCAGUUCAUCAGCUGUCAAUAGCAACAACCAGGUGGAUAUUUUGGCUCAGAUUGGUUGUAUUGAAAGUCUCAGCCAGUCACCACCCUCUUCCUCUUCUCCUUCUCCUUCUUCCUCCAUAAAUAAGGUCAGUGGUGGCAAUGACCCUUGGUCAGCCUGGAAUGCCCCAAAAUCUGGGAACUGGGAGAGCUCAGAUGGCUGGGGAGCUCGGCAAGAGGGAGCCAGCGCUCAGAGAAGCACUGCCAACAACUGGGACACUGCCUUCGGACACCCCCAGGCCUACCAAGGACCAGCAACUGGUGACGAUGAUGAAUGGGAUGAAGACUGGGAUGACCCCAAGUCCUCUCCGUACUUUAAGGAUCCAGAAGCAGCUGAAGCAGGAGGUAUUCAGCGGGGGAACAGUCGCCCAGGAUCCUCCUCGAUGAAGCUGCCACUUAACAAAUUUCCUGGAUUUGCAAAACCUGGAAUGGAACAGUAUUUGUUGUCCAAGCAGCUAGCAAAACCCAAAGAGAAAAUUUCCAUCAUUGUUGGAGAUUAUGGCCCAAUGUGGGUUUAUCCUACCUCAACUUUUGACUGUGUGGUAGCAGAUCCCAGGAAAGGUUCCAAAAUGUAUGGCCUGAAGAGCUACAUUGAAUACCAGUUAACACCUACUAACACUAAUCGAUCUGUAAACCACAGGUAUAAGCACUUUGACUGGUUGUAUGAGCGUCUCCUGGUAAAGUUUGGGUCAGCCAUUCCAAUCCCUUCUCUUCCAGACAAGCAAGUCACAGGUCGCUUUGAAGAGGAAUUUAUCAAAAUGCGUAUGGAGAGACUUCAGGCCUGGAUGACCAGGAUGUGUCGGCACCCAGUCGUCUCAGAGAGCGAGGUCUUCCAGCAGUUCCUAAACUUCCGAGAUGAGAAGGAAUGGAAAACUGGAAAGAGGAAGGCUGAGAAAGAUGAGCUGGUGGGAGUUAUGAUAUUUUCCACCAUGGAACCAGAGGCACCUGACUUGGACUUAAUAGAAAUAGAACAGAAGUGCGAGGCUGUGGGGAAAUUCACCAAGGCCAUGGAUGAUGGUGUGAAGGAGCUGCUGACCGUGGGACAGGAACACUGGAAGCGCUGCACGGGGCCAUUGCCUAAGGAAUAUCAAAAGAUAGGAAAAGCCUUGCAGAGCUUAGCAACAGUAUUUAGUUCUAGUGGUUAUCAAGGUGAAACAGAUCUCAAUGAUGCAAUAACAGAAGCUGGAAAAACUUAUGAAGAAAUUGCCAGUCUCGUAGCAGAACAGCCAAAGAAAGACCUCCAUUUCCUGAUGGAGUGUAACCACGAAUAUAAAGGCUUUCUCGGCUGCUUCCCAGAUAUCAUCGGUGCUCACAAGGGAGCAAUAGAGAAAGUGAAAGAAAGUGAUAAGCUAGUUGCAACUAGUAAAAUCACUCCGCAAGACAAGCAGACCAUGGUGAAGAGAGUUGGCACCAUGUCUUAUGCUUUGCAAGCUGAGAUGAAUCACUUUCAUAGUAACCGGAUCUAUGACUACAACAGUGUCAUCCGCCUGUACCUGGAACAGCAAGUGCAGUUUUAUGAAACGAUUGCAGAAAAGCUGAGGCAGGCCCUCAGCCGCUUUCCAGUUAUGUAGAAAGAAUGGAACAUGAAGAAAUCUCCGAAGUGCUUCUUUCUGACUUGGGGCAGUAUAAUUCAAAGUUUAUUUUUUCCUAUCAUUAAAAAAAAAAAUGAAAGAAAACCAAAAAGAAAUGAGUUGGAAAAAACUUUUAUGAACCAGCCAAAAUGCAUUGGUUAAUCGGUUACUUAGGGAUGGUCUUCUUAUGUUCAUUUCCUGCUUAUUAUUUAAACUAAUGGAAAUUGUCUAUAUUUUUGCAAAAUACUUAAAUUUUGUCAGAAUUUUGAAUGGAGACUUAGGGGUUCCCCCCACUGAUAUUUUACACAAGAUUGUAAUUUAUAUGUUACCCAUUAUCUUCUAGUUCUUACCCAAUGUCAAAUAAUUACUAAUUGCUUUCUUAAAAUAUGAAAUAUGUCAAAAUAAAAAUAUAUAUAUAUGUUUGUAUAUUUUUAUAGCUCUCAGUCCUGAGGGGCUCCCGUCUGCCUAGGAAAGCCUGCACGCCCUUCCCUGGGGUAGCAGCUCAGGUGCUUACAUCACAGGAGGGAGGAGCAGCGUGGGGCCACUGGGCUGCCAGGCCGCGGCCCUCUCGGAGCGUGGAAGGUGGACACUGCCUGUCCCUUCCUAGGCCCAGCUGCCUGCGGCUCCUCCAGGAAGGCAGUUCAGCUUCCUUACCUUUCUUCCUGAUCUCAAGUAAGGUGUGUUCUGUGCUAGAAGAUAUGUCAGGAAAGUUGGAAGAUUGUUUAGAAACUUCUCUGGCGUUGCCUGUCUGGGUGGGUAGCCAUCCUGAUUCCCAUGCCCAGAGCUGCCACCCCUGCCCUUCCCUCAACUGCCCAUUACAUAGAAGUGCUGGGCACAGCCUGGCAGCCACUUGGUUUGCAGCACACAGCAGCAGGCCAGCCAGUGUUCUGUGAAAAGAUAAAACCCAGAGGGUGGUGCGUGCCCUGCUCACAAGAGGGGAAGCUCAGAGCCUGGGACGAGCAGCUUCCCGAGCCAAGUGCGGUCACGUGCUGAGUACAGAGUGAUGCUUGUCCUGCGUCCCAACCACUGGUGCCGCAGCGAUAGCACAGAGCAAGCCCGGCCGGUGGCUCGAAUCAGAACACUCAGUGUCUUACCCUGCACACUGCAGCUCCACCUUGCACCGUUGCCUUACAGCCUGAUCUACUGCUUUCUUUUUUUGACCUAGUAAUUCUAGAAAAUGGAAAAUCUGGGCCAGUGUAAAUAAGUGAAACCAAAAACGUAGACAAGGAAAUCAAAAUCAAAUGAACACGUAUAUGAGAACUUCUUGUUCUUCAUUGUCACGGGGUUUUGUUAAUGUUUUAUAAAUAAUUCUCUCCUCUUGAUUUUUCUUUCAGAAAAUCUCAAAAAUAGUGCUUAUGAUACAGCCAUUUAAUAUAUGUACAAAUUGUAAAGACUGUAUAAAUAUUUUACACAAAUGUAAGAGCAUGUAGAAGUCAACAUAUAAAUAAAUUGUUUAAAAAACUGUA